CAAGCUCUGACCUCGAUGUCAUUCCCGGGAUCUCCGCGUGCUUGCAGACGAAGCCGCUACCCAAGACCCUCCGAUCAAAAUCGCAUAUGAGAUGUGGGCUUGGGGCAUUCAUAUCAAUACUUGGGAGCAUACCUGGGAGGUGUGCAGGCGUAUCUCGGCACGUGCCUAUGCGGACCCUACCUCCCCGGACGGAAGGCUCUUGAUCUUCUACUUCCAGAUCUCGGAUGGAUCGCAUAAGCAUGGCGUCGACGCCCUCAAAGCGAGUGCCCAGAAGCAGGGCAUUGAUCCGCUCUAUGCGUGGUCGAACGCGUGGCGGCCGCUUCCCUUCCAAGACGAGAUUGAGGGUGAGAAGGGGGAAGAAGGCUACGGAGGCUAUUUGCCUGUGGUCGAUGUGUGCGAGGCUGUGGUCAAGACGGGAUGGAGAGGCCCAUGGUCCUUCGAGACAAUACACAGGUAUUUUACGAGAGAAUAUGUCGAGGAUGAUCCAGAUGUGCCGAGGAGGUGGACGAAGUCGGCUAAGACUAGCUACGAUAGGAUUGAGGAAGAGCUGAGGGAGAGGGGGCUCUAGAGCAUCGCAAUGGUACUUUCUCCACCAUGAAGACCCCCAAGUUGUGUACAUUCCCCGGAAUCGUAAGGUGUAGGCGUAAUACGAUGCGAUUCAAUGGUUGUGGUCGGUGGGUCACCUGGGCGCAACAGUGCCACUGAGCGUGCGCCUAAUUACAUAAGGUAGCCAGCCACACAGUUAAAGUAGUGAC